UCCCCACCCACCACCAGUCUUCCUCGCUCUCCAAAUCUCGCGACGAGAAAGCCCAUCUAGGACCACAGGGGCGCGCCAGCCGGCAGGAACGACGGGAGAGGAGGGCAUGGAGCCGGCUGAGCGGAUCGAGUCGGCCGGGACGGCGCUGGGGAAGCGUCCGAGGAGCAGGGUGCUGCCGCGCACGGCCAGCAUGGUGACGGUGCCGUCGGCGGCGAAGCAGGGGCGCCAGGAGCGGGGCGCCGGCGUGCCGUCGUCCUGCUCACUGCCGGCUGCCUGCGCCGGGAUGGUGGCCGUGCCGGGGGGUUACUACUACUGUGGCACCUCGUUCGCGGCGGUGGAGACGGCGGCCUUCCUGAAGGCGUGCGGCCUCUGCAAACGCCACCUCGGGCCCGGCCACGACACCUUCAUCUACAGGGGCGAGGUGGCAUUCUGCAGCCAGGAGUGCCGGGAGAAGCAGAUCGAGUACGACGACCUCGACGAGCGCAUGGAGCAGACCUGCUCCGUGACCUCCAUGAAGGAGGCCCCGUCCGUGUCCGGCGCCAGCGGCUCCGACCAGUCCGGCAGCGGCGGGGAGACCGUGGCCGCCGCCUAGGAGCCCCCCGGGGGAGUGGCGCAAGGGGGCGGGCGGGGUGUGUGUUGUUGCGCCCUGGUGGAGCGGGAGCAGCGACGCCGGCCGAUCGGUCGGCCCGGCCCGGUAGAUUCCGCCAUGCUAUAGAGCGCCUGUGCAUACAGCUUUUAGCUCUGGAGUCUGGAUUCCGGCAGUGAUGCAUGCGUCAGUGAUUUAUUAUUAUAGUUUGUUGAUG